AUGGGUUUCAUGUCUAUCUUCACUCUCGCGCUCGCGGCUGGUCUCGCUGUAGCUAAGCCUAUCAACGAUGUUCAGUCACUCAACGGCUUCUCCGCCCGCCAGUUCGACUUCAACUCAGUCAUCAACGGCAAUAGGGGCGACAACGGCGGCUUCAACUUCAUCGACGGCUUCCAGAGGUUCAACCAGCAACAACAGAUUAUCAACAUCCAAGACAGGAGACUUGAUAUUAGGGACAACCGCUUCCAGCGACAGGUCGUUAAACAGGUGCAGCAAGUUAUCGUUGUCGACCAGGUCAACAACGGCUUCAACAACGACAUGAACAACCUUUUCCGCAAGAGCAACUUCAGGAACAGGUUCCGCGACGUCACCACUGUUAUCAUCGUCGUCCAGACCAUCAAGAUCGCCAUCGACAACGGCCGGGGUGACUUCUUCCGCCAGGACAUCUUCGCACAGUCUGUCAUCGUUGCCAACCGCGGUGCUCGCAGGACACAGGAAGUCAUGAUCUUCGACAGCCGCACGCUCAUCGCCGAGGACAUUCUCCGCGACAACGCCUUCAACCGCAUCGGCAGCUUUGGCGGUAUUGCCGGUGCCACUGGUGCUAUCAACAACGCACUUCCCACAAAGACUGGCGAAUACCAGCUCUUUGGUGCUAGGCCUACCUGGAGCGCUGUUGCUGAGGACCCUGCUGCGGAACUCGGUGGUAUCUGGGCAGACGCUGUCCAGGAUAUGCAGAACAACGCCAACGAUGGCGCUGACAACGAGCUCAACGCGAGGAUCGCAGACCAAGAAAAGGCCGCUCUCGACCAGCAAGCCAACAACAACGAGCAGGCCAACAACGACAACGAGCAAGCCAACAACGACAACGAGCAAGCCAACAACGACAACGAGCAAGCCAACAACGACAACGAGCAAGCCAACAACGAGGAGCAGGCCAACAACAACGAGCAGGCCAACGCCGAUGAGCAGGCAAAGGCCGCUGAGCAAGCUAAGGCUGACGAGCAGGCCAAGGCUGCUGAGCAAGCCAACGCUGAUGAGCAAGCUAAGGCUGACGAGCAGGCUAAGGCUGCUGACGAGCAGGCCAAGGCUGAGGAGCAAGCUAAGGCUGAGGAGCAAGCUAAGGCUGCUGAGGAGCAGGCCAAGGCUGAGGAGCAAGCUAAGGCUGAGGAGCAAGCUAAGGCUGAUGAGCAGGCUAAGGCUGCUGAGGAGCAAGCUAAGGCUGAGGAGCAAGCCAAGGGCGCUGAGCAGGCUAAACCUGCUGAGGGACCCAAGGCCGGUGAACAGCCCAAGGGUCCCAAGCAGUGA